UCUCAGAAUAGCUGCGAUUCAACCAAUAAUUGUCUUGACAUUUGGUGCUGGGAGUCUCCCAGCACAAUGUCAAAAGACAAUUAUUGGUUGAAUCGCAGCUAGUCUACGAGCAACCUGGCUACUAGUGUGUUCGCAACAGGUUCGCCUCUGCCGGACUGAUAUAACGUUACCCUUUCCCACACCGCAGAUCGAUUGACAGGUUUGGUAGAAGAAAAUUAUUAGGUCCCUGGUGAAAGGUACGGAUAAACACGACAGGUGGAUGGAUUUCUCAGUGAAGCACCUACUCCUUACACCAGUGUGAUAUGACAUCACUGAGUGGUUACCACAGAAACCAGGGCUCCACUGCAGACGGUUGACAGCCAGUCAAGUGUUUUUCCACAGGGAUGGCUGCACAAGUGGAGGUGCAGACUGGGGAGGUGGAAAGGAUUGGUGUAGGGGGACGACUGCACCUCAGCCCUCUGUCUGACUCCAGCAACAAGAGCCUCACGGAGGGUCCCUCCAACACCCAGGCCUCCCUCAUCAUCACUCCAGAGCCUAGUAAGCCUGUCCCUACACCCAAACCACGGCUCACUCCCAAACCUUUCACUGUGGAGAAAAACCCCACCAUCCGGCCCAUACUUGCACCUAAGCCUAAUACCAACCCCCGACCAGUGCCCACUCGCCCUACUUCUUACAAACCUGACUCACCCAUCACCCCAAAACUUCAGCAGCCGAAUGUCACCAGCAAACACAGGCCAGGGCCGACCAACCCCAGCUGUCCUGCUCCUAACUCCUACAAACCCUCUCAUAAGUUGAGCAUGGGACAAACCACGAAGCCUGUAGCCCAGCCCUUCAAACCCGCCCCUCUUCUAACCCCUGGGGACCCCAGCAAACCAACUCCCUCCCAACCGGUGCGACGUCAGAAGCCAGCUGCGGCAGGCUUGUUCCACUCACGGGGCCCUAAGAAACCGCCUUCAGCAGAAUGGUCCGGAUCCACCAAACCGGAGAAGGAAAUGAACAAAACAGCAUCCAGUAUCAGAGCUGGGGCAGCCUCUAUGACCAGAGCCAAGUCUAUGGGCUUCCUCAGUCAGAUAGGGCAAGAUGAGGAGGAAAGGAAGGGGGAUGAAGGGCCCAAGGUCACAGUUCAACUCCGAUCCCAGUCUAGAGCCUCCAGGCCCAGACCUGUGUCAGCCAUCUUCCUGCCCUCUCCCACUCAGGCUGAGUCGCCCACCCCAGCUGCUCGCUGGGCAGUGAGACGUCCCCUCUCAGCCGACCUCACCUCCAAGUUUGAGUCCAUUGGCCUGUCGCUGCACCACGGCCGACCUGCCAAGACCGACAGCAAGGAAAACACUCCAGUGGAACCGCUACGGAGGACAGAGAAGAAGAAGGGAGCAGAGGGGACCAAUGUUACACCAUCGGCCCCAGACAGCAAGCCCUCAGCCCUCGUAGGAGGGAGAAAGAAGAAAACAGAGGAAGAAGAGGAGGAGGAGGAUGAUGAGGGAAAGGGUGGAGGCAGCAUUAAGAGACGGAUCAGUCUCUUGCUUGAUUCCUCCUCUUCUUCCUCUCCUGUGGUUCCUCUCCGUGUUGCUGCCCAAAGACCAGGGUCUAACUCUCCAGUACAGCCCAUCCAAGAGGCAGAUGUAACAUUGGAUUUUGUUAACCAGCGAACCAGGAAGCUUACUGAAGAUACUGUUUCACCACCAGCCCAGACCCCUGCUGUUAAACCACAGUUCAAGUCCCACCCUCUGCCCCCUGACCUGACCAAAAGGCUUGGCUCUGAGAGGUCCACAGACCUCGGCAUUCCCUCCCCCAAUGAGGCAACAGACCGCCAUGAGAGUGACACUGAUCCUCAAAGGAGGGUGGAGGACUCCGUUUACACCUUCAGUGACCAAAAAAAGGUGGAUGACGACAUCCGAGGCAUACAAGAGCAGCCCCCCCAGACCACCUCUGACCAUUCAGCAGUACUGACUGAGGCAGGGCGAUGGAUGGAGAGCUGCCCCAGCAGUGGGGCACAGACGGUGCGAGCAGCCCUGUUUGAGAAUGUGGUGGAGAAACACAGCGUGCUGGUGAUGGAGGAGGAUAGGGCACAGAGUGCCACAAAGGGCUGUCCCAAGAGAAGUGUGUCCCUCAAACUUGGGGAUGGGGAGAACGACGGCAGCCUGGUCACCGCCACCUACCGCAAGCCUGUGUCUCCCUCCAGUCCACUUCUUGUAGAGCACUUGUUUGACACUGUGCAAGCGGUGGGAGAGAGGAGAGCCGUUAGUGAGAGUGUCCCUUUGGCUCAGCUCGAGGACAAAGCCAUGACCCUCCGUUCCAGGCGUUCUGAGGGGAAUCGGUCAGCCAGGGCUGAGCCAGUGGAGGAGAGGCAUGCUCAAGUCCAAGGAGUCCUCAGUUUGGCUCAAAGGAGAGCACCAGCCUCCCAACAGGAACAGGGACCACACUACCUGAGGGUUGGAGUUCUGCAGAAGUGGAAUACCACUGAGAUGGAUAGGGAGGCAGAGGUAGAGAAAGGAAGGGAAAAGGAGAGGGAGAGAAAGGAGGAUGAGAAAGAGAGGCAGAGCGAAGCGGAGAGGAGGAUGCAAAUGGAUGUAGACAGGGAGAAGCCGAGAGAACAGGAGAGGGAGAGAGAGGAAGUGGCAGCACCGAAGCGGUUGAAAAUGCUGGAGGCAGAUGAGCAGCCACCCAAGCCCAGGGCCACCUACUUUGCUCUGACUGGUCAGAUCCAGGAAGCUGUAUCCGUUGGGGACGAGGAAACCGAGAGAGGGAACGUGGAAGUUCCCUUUGACAAUUUCUCUAUGAAGUCUGGACAAUGGGGCUCUCAAGGGAAGGUCUUACAAGUACGAAGGAACCCCUCUCUAGAUGAAGCUUUUGGAAAAAGCUCCCAAGGUCAACAACAAGAAGAACUGAUGGAGCGGAAUCAAACACAGGAAAGGGAGAGAGGAACGGCAUGGGACAGACAGACAUGGAGGGAGCAGCUGGGAAUAGAAAAACAAAAACAAGUCGACCUUGAGAAAGUAAAAGAGUUGGAGAGGGAGAAAGAAUGGCAGAGGGAGAGCAAGGAGUUUGAGAGGGAGAAACGGACACAGCUGGACAUGGAGAGACAGAAACCGUUAGAAUAUGCAAGAAAGAGAGAGAAGGAAAAGCUACAAGAAUUAGAAAGAGAAAGACACAAUGAGUUGGAGAAUGAGAGUCUGAGUGAGAGACAAAGAGAGCUGGAAAGACAGCGAUGGCACGAGCUACAGAGGGAGAGCCAGAUCGAGUUGGAGAGACAGAAAGAGUUUGAAAAGGAGAGGCAGAGACAGUUAGACUUAGAGAGACAGAAAGAGUUUGAAAAGGAGAGGCAGAGACAGUUAGAAUUAGAGAGACAGAAGAAGUUGGAGAGAAUUAAGGAGAUGGAGAGAAGGCAAAUGUUUGAGUUUGAAAAACAGAAGCAGAUUGAGAGAGAGAGGCAACAGCUUCUGGAGCUUGAAACGCAGAGACUAAGAGAGAAAAUGGAGAGAGAGGAGCAGGAGAAGAUGAGACAGCAAGCCAUACAACAGGAGGAAGACAGACAGAGAGAGUUGGAAAGGGAAAGAGUGCAAGAGUUAGAGAGAGAGAGGCAACGCGAUCUGGAAAGACAAAAACAGAGAGAGUUGGAGAGAGAGAGGCAACGCGAUCUGGAAAGACAAAAACAGAGAGAGUUGGAGAGAGAGAGGCAACGCGAUCUGGAAAGACAAAAACAGAGAGAGUUGGAGAGAGAGAGGCAACGCGAUCUGGAAAGACAAAAACAGAGAGAGUUGGAGAGAGAGAGGCAACGCGAUCUGGAAAGACAAAAACAGAGUGAGUUGGAGAGAGAGAGGCAACGCGAUCUGGAAAGACAAAAACAGAGUGAGUUGGAGAGGCAGAGACAGAAACAGUUGGACUUUGAGAGACAGGAAUUGGAAAACCAGAGGGAUAGAAAAAGGGAGUUAGAGACAGAGAGACAGAGGGUAGAAGAACUGGAGAGAAUAAAGGAGAUGGAGAGAAGACAACUGUUUGAGUUUGAAAAACAGAAGCAGAAUGAGAGAGAGAGACAACUGCUUCAUGAGCUUGGAAAGCAGAGACUAAGGGAAAAGAUGGAGAGAGAGGAGCAGGAGAAGAUGAGACAGGUAGCCAUACAAGAGGAGGCAGAGAGACAGAGAAUCAUGGAGAGGCAGAGGAGAGAGAACCAAGAGAUGGGGGUGCUGGACUCUUUACCUCUCAGACCUAAAAUGCUGGAUCUAGACUCUGGGUGCUGGUCUUUGGGUGACCUGCACUCCAGAGGCAGUCCCCACUCCCCUAGUGUCCGAUGGAAGCAGCCCUCUCCCUGGGCAGAUGACCACUACAGACCUGGUAUCCUGGACAUAGACUCAUUCAGGUCCCAGACCGAGACACAACCCUUGCCCACUAGAGAGGUGUUCCCUGUUACUGGCAUCCAGGGCUCAGACCCAGGUAAUGGGGUGAGAUCCCACCCCCACUCUCCAGAAAGGGAAGGUGGCUAUAGGAGGGCUCCCGAGGGCGCAGUGGGGCGACCCAGUACUGUGUGGGCCCCCUCUCAGCAGGACCUGUGGGAGCAGAGGCUAAGCAUCGACGAGGAAUCAGUGGAUAGGCCCAUGGCUGGACCAGAGCCACCCAGGAAGCCUGCCAAUAAACCCAGCCUGGAGCAGCUCCUCCACGGGCUGGAGGACAGGGCCACGGCCCCCAUCCUGGUCCCAGAGAGACGCUGGUCUGGUAUGCCCAGUGAACCAUCCUUCCCCAGGAGAGAGCCCCACAGCCCUGGGUCCCCCAUGGAGCAGACCUGGUUCCCCCAGGACUCAGAGCCCCAGGGGCACAGGGUAGAGGCCAGAGGACAGAGAAGAUCUCAGGGCUCCCAGGAGCUGAACCGGAUGAGGUCUCGCAGCGUGUCCCGUAGAUCAGCCCCGCCUGACAGUGCUGUGGAGGGGAGCCUGUCCAGGAUGAGGAGCAGGAGUACACAUAGAGAGAGAGGUGGACAGAGCUGGGAGCAGUUGAAGCAGAAUGUGGACGGUGAGGAGGGGAGGGACAUGGACACACUGGUCCAUGAAACGGACAGUCAGUACGGGACCUGGGAGACAGGACUGCACACUGAUGAUAGCCUGACUCCUGCCACACCCACCUCAGACAGCCACCCCAGUCAGUCCCCUAGGAAACCCACUCCACUUUACACGCCAGGGGAACAUGUCCACACCCCGCCCAGUGACCUCGACACUCCAGACGGCUUCUCUGCCCAGCCCGAGAUACAACCACUCCCCUUCCCUGAGGCCUCCACCAGCCUACUGGACUCCAGUGCUCUGCGCUCCAGGGUGCAGUUGAGUAAGAUGCGGGGGCCACGUUCACGCCCCUCCAGGGUCUCUCGUCAGACUGCUGCUCUGUCUGUACACCCAGAGGGACAGGCCACGCCUACUGAGGACUGGCGCUCUCGAGACUCUACAGAGGACAAAGUGAAGUCUUCCAAGAAGGACUCAGACUCUGAGGAGCAGGCGAGAGGAGCAGACCCCCACUCUGCUGCUGCCUCCUCCCAGCCCCAGAGAGUCGCCCUCUUCCCUGGGAUGGACCCGUCUGCCCUCAUGGCCCAGCUCAAGAAGAGAAGUGACUCUGACAAUCAGACAGAGGGACCCUCCACUUCUUCCUUCCAGUUAUCCCGUUCUCCUAAAUCCCCCUUCCUUCCCCGGGCGUCCCGUGUGCUGCCCCCCUCCGGAGGGAAAGAAAAUGGUGAAGAGGCCUCACCACAGUGGCUGAGAGAGCUGAAGUCCAAGAAGCGCUUGAGUCAGUAUGAAAAUGACAGCUAAGUGUGAAUGAUCAAGUUGCCUUAACUGAAGAAUCUGGUGGAGAAUCGGACAGUAGCCUUAACCUUGGACCCUGAGAAAAUGGGAAUUCUGCUGCUGACAUUGUAAUUCGUCAUCUGUUUGUUUAUUUUCUCUGUUCUCUUCCUGCCUGGCUCAAAUCCAUGUGCAUGGUGCCUUCUUACAGACAACCUCGGUCUUAUGGAUGAAACGAGCAAGGGGCUGCUCUGCUCAGAGCGUCCAGUUCACUGCUAGCUCCUCCACCUCCUGUGUCAGAGGGGUCUUUGCAUAAAGCCACUUUACCCUCUCACAUGACAGGGGAGACUACGGAAGGGGGGGGGGGAUCCCAUUCUCCCCUGUCAGGUUGUGUUGUAUUUCAUUAAUGGUUAACUUUUGGGACCACAUGCCUCUUAACCUGGAAGUGCUUCAAUAAGCUGGAGGACAGUAUAGCACCUCCACAAGGCAUAUUUUUAUUUUAUUUUCUCUUUUUAAAUAUCAUUUUCAGGUUAGUCUAUGCGUUAACUGUAUCUGUCAGUGGAGGAGCGUUGGAAAAUAUUUCUGAUUUUAUUUUUUGUCAUGGAUCAUAGAGAACAAAACACUGCUGAACUAAUGGGCAGCCAGGGUGUAUUAUGUGUUACUAAUAAAUAUGGUAUCUGUAAUCAUGAAAUGUUAUAUUUGUAUUGUUGCUAAUUUGAAAGCUGAAUCAUAACAUGUCAGAGUGCUGGGUUUGUAUGGAGAGCAUUUAAAGCAUCACUACAGCAGAGGCCCCCAACCCCAUUCCUCUGAGCCACUCAGUGACUGAUGUCAUGAACUAACUGAGAAUCUGUUGUGUUGACAUCAUGCAGUCCCUUUAAACUUAUGGCUAAAGAGGAAUGCUUUGUGUUUGCUGGUUUUUCAAUCAUGUCUGAAUCUGUUUCUACUGGUGGAAAAGGGGAGGGGAAGGGUUAAUCACAAUGGAAAUCUACCUCCAUCUCAAUUACACGCGCGCACACACACACACACGCACGCAUUAACACUAAUCAGCCUGUUCUUCCUCCCUUCACCUCCACUUACCUCUUCAGUGAAAGAUCAAAUGAUUGUGUGUGUAAUACUGAUGGAUGAGUGAGUAAGGAUUGCAAGGAAAAUGUACAUGUUACCAAUGAGCCAUACAUUCAAUGUGCACUUCCUGGUUUCUGUUUUACCAGCAUGUCUGCAACACAUCUCCCAUUUAGCGACCUCACGUGCAUUGUCCCAUCAUAGUUUGGAAAAGCAUGUGCAUGCACUGUCUCUGGUCCUUUUCAUCAUGCUUUACUCAGACACUUAACUGAAUGGCCACACCAAGUAGCAGUGGUACAAUCACAGUCUGGAUAUCAUGGCUUCAUCCAUAACUGUAAUGGUCCCAUUGUGCACAUGGUCGGUGCAGCAGUGUGGAUGUAUAGUGGAAUGGUAGGAGUACGGCUUCCACUACCCCAGUGGGGAAUGCAAGUGAAGUAUAUUGUUUUGAGAUGAGGGUGGUAAUUUACCCUUUUCUUCUGCACGUGACUUGGACUAUUUGCACCAGUUGUUUUAGGGCUUGUUUGAGCUGAUUUAGGCCAUUCCCCUGACCAUGUUAGCCAUGCUCCACUGUCCCACUACUUCCACUACAGCACUGACCGCAUUCCACAUUUUCGUAGACAGACGUUGGAACGCUAAUGCAAGUGAAUGUUUUGAGGGAAUUUUUAGAGUUGUCCCUUUGGUGUCUGUCUAUGGCGUUUGACUUUGUCAUUUUUUUCUCUUUCUCGUUUUAUUUGAAAGUAAAAUGUAUAUUGCACUGUUGUAAGGCUGUUGUUCAAAAGUGUAAAUUCUCAAUAAAAUGUACUGCGUUAAGCUUC